GCACCGAGCUAGCGACUCCGCUCUCGUCGCCGCGUGAGGAGCCACCCGGCCAAUCAAGCGAAGACAUCGCCGAGGACUGGCUCCUGAAGGUGGCGAGUGACACGGAGGUUGCGAGACUGCUUGAGAGACUGGCACAUGCGAGACCCGGUAUCCUCGAUCGAGUAGUGGCUUUGGAGAAGAACAUCGUUGCCACGCAGCAGGCGCGCCCCGCGGUGACUGCGCCGGUCGAGUCGACAAGGGGGACUGGCAUCCUCGGAUCCGGCGGGGGAGCUGCGCCGGCCGAGAAGCCUUCGGCAGAAAAGGCUGCUGGAGGUGCAGCCGGCAAAAUGCCGGCCCCGACAAUGCAGUUCUCUGCGUUCGUUUACGUGGCGGAUGAGGAGGAAGGAGUAGCCAAGCUCGAC